CUGGUGGACUGGAGCUGGAACCGCUACGCAGACAAAAAGUUCCAGUUUGUGGAUCAGUCGCUGGUUGACUGUGUGCGAUCUAAGACGAACAAAGAUGCUACAGAGUUCUUCAAACUGCUCUCACUCUGCCACACUGUCAUGGUGGAGCACAAAGAAGGUGAUCUGGUGUACCAGGCGGCGUCUCCUGAUGAAGGUGCCCUGGUGACGGCAGCCAGAAACUUUGGUUACGUGUUCCUGUCUCGUACGCAGGACACCAUCACCAUCUGGGAGAUGGAUCAGGAGGCAACAUACGAAAUGUUAGCGCUGCUCGACUUCAACUCUGACCGCAAGCGGAUGUCCAUCAUCUUAAAGUUUCCCGAUGGUCGUAUUCGUCUCUAUUGUAAAGGAGCAGACACCGUCAUCUAUGAGCGACUCUCCCCCAGCAGCAAACACAAGGAAACUACUCAGUCUGCUCUGGAUAUCUUUGCCAACGAGACCUUGAGGACACUGUGCUUGUGUUACAAAGACAUCAGCGCGGAAGAAUAUAACGCCUGGUCUAGGAAACACAAAGAGGCCCAGGUGGUCAUGGCCAACCGAGACGCUGCUCUUGACCAGGUGUACGAGCAAAUCGAGAAAGACCUCAUGCUGAUUGGGGCGACAGCCAUCGAGGACAAACUGCAGGAUGGAGUGCCAGAGACCAUUGCCAAACUGGCCAACGCCAACAUCAAGAUCUGGGUACUGACUGGAGAUAAGAAAGAAACGGCAGAAAACAUCGGCUAUUCCUGUUCACUUCUGACAGACGACAUGCAGAUCCACUAUGGAGAAGAUGUCAA